AUGCCUACCACGGAGGAAACCCUUCACGAUAUUGCAACGAAUGCAUUGAUCAAUUCUGAAUGCGAUAAUGAAUUCGUUAGAGGACUUAUGCGGGGAAGAAUCAUGCUGCUUUUGAGUAUUCUUCCGACACUUUUUCUCACUACGAAAGAAGACAUUGCUGCUUGGAGGGUACACCACUUGGCCGGCAUGUACGAGCUGCUACCGUAUAUUCAGCCAUCGAAGUUUGAUCCCGCCUUUGGACAAACUCUUGUCGUUGGUGGAAAGUCAGCCAAAGUAUACUUCGAUGACAAGCUUGAUGGCAUUGUGGGUUCAUUGAGUAAAGUUGACAAAGAUUUUGCCACAAAAAAGCAUCAGUUGAGAGACGAAAUCAAAAGGGUAGCCUGCCAAAAGUUUGAAGAGUAUUAUGAAACUCCGUACGAUGAUCACGAGGAAACCAUUGAAGCGGUCACCGACACGGUAGCACAAAUCUACAAGAUUUACAAAGGGGAUUCUCUUGCUGAAGUUGACAAAGCAUCCGAAUUUUAUGAUGAAAUACUGACCCAUAGCCUUCAACGAGAUUCUCUUUCAUAA